AUGGGUGGUUCGGAGAACCAAGGAGGGCAGAAAGAGGAGGCUGCGGGCACAACGUCGGUAUCGUCGUCGUCGUCGGCGUUGCCAAAGCUACCGGCCCCUCCAGAGCCCGAGAACGACAAAGGGAUUAUUCCCUCGAUCAAGAGUCCGUCGUUGGAAGGACUCGACGAUCUUACGGCGGAGAAUGUGGACGUCUUCAAGCUGGAUGCUGUUGCGGCGCUGAAAUUGCUAUGUCGUAGUAUCGAUACCCUCGUGCAAUUGACCGGCGACGUCCCUCCGACGCCACCAGCCCGAAGUCGAGGAGGGUCACCCUCCCGAAGCCUCUCGAGGCUGCGUGAGUCAAUGACACCUGAUACUGCCACGCAACAAACACCUAAGAAGGAAAAUGCCAAGCUACGGCCACCGACGUCUGCAUCUGCGUCGCAUCACGAGCACAUUGAUGGAGUGCUGUUUGUGAAGACACCCAUAGGCUCGCCCGAGGCACACGAGCACGAGCCGACCGCGGCGGACCACAUCAUCGGUGCCAAUGCCCAACCUCUGUAUAUCCAGCACGGAGCCCUCGCGCGAAAGUUUUACUCCAAACGCCCUCCUCCCAUCUCCACCGAGGACUAUCUGAUGCGCAUGCACAAAUACUGCCCCAUGUCGACGGCGGUGUAUCUGGCUGCCUCGCUCUAUAUCACCCGUCUGGCCGUACAAGAGAAGAUCCUGCCGGUCACGCCCCGAAACGUGCAUCGUCUGCUAUUGGCCACGCUGCGAGUCGCCAUGAAGGCGCUCGAAGACCUGUCAUGGCCUCACGCCCGCUUUAGUAAAGUCGGCGGCGUGUCGGAGAGCGAGUUGGGCAGGCUGGAAAUCACGUUCUGCUACCUGAUUGACUUCAGCCUGAAAGUGGACGCCGAGAUGCUGCAGGGCGAGGCGGAGAAUCUGUGUCGCCACAACCGCUACGAGGGCGCCGUCCUUUUCGACUACCCUUCUCUCGGUCAUCCGCUCGAGCUGCGCAUGCCGGAAAACGCUGGCGAUAGGAAAUCGAGAGGAGGCGCAGAGAAGAGAAAGGCCAGCAGUACCUUGCCCAGCAGGCCGGUUGUCCAAGUCGGGGCGGGUAUUGAGGUGUUGGGCCAGUCUUGA